ACUGCAGUGACUGUGAAAGAAAAAAAUAUUCGCGCUUUUGGAACAUCGGCGCUUCGAGUGAUAUUUGUGAAUCGGAUACUCGAUGAGUGACACCGUGCAGAAAGCAGUCACGGAGAGGAUCGCAAGUUGUAGUACGUAAGGCAAGGAUAAGAGUGUGACCUAUGAUAAAGAUAAGGAGGCUAUACAUACCAUCGCUAGUAAGCAAGAACAUGAUCUGCAACCCAUACCUUCUCAUACCCGUCUGCCUCGCCCUCGCCGCCGCCACGCCGGUUGAGGACCACACCCGCGCCUUUAGCGAAGCCACGGGAAAGGAAAUCACUCCCUCGAGGCCUCCGGAAGACCUGACCCUCGAGGACGACGCCGAAGAAGUUCCUGACGCAGAGGCGACUCCCAGGAGUACCGGCACGUCGUUUUUGGAGAGAGCGAAGAACUACACCUUCUUCAAGAACACGAAGGUGGAGGAAGGUAAAAAUUACAGUCUCCCCAUCGUCGAGGAGAACAGCGUCAGAUUCUUCGACGUUUCGGCCGAGGAGGACCUCAGCCUCGAGGCCAACGCACAGAACGUGACGGGGAUCAGGGCUGCCGGUCCUGAGUGCCGCCUGGUGAGCUUGGAACUCCUGGCGGGGUAUGUCUUGCACGAGGACCUCCGGGAGAAAUGCAAGGACCUUCGGCACUUGACCCUCGCAGGAAAAAACUGGAGAUGCGUCGGGUCUCUACAUCACUUCGUAGAGGCGAUGGGGGAGCGGGUAGCCUACGACAAUGCUACAUGCGGAGAUAUCAAGUGCCCGACGGACCAGGAACACAAGUAUUGCAGCCUUGAGACGGGCAUGAUCCUGACGAAGACGUAUGGACUCAAGGAAAAUGAAUGUCCUCCGGCCUGCAUAUGUUCCAUGAGCCUCUAUAACGGCUUGUUCCGGUACAUGGUGAACUGUGCAGGGGCUAACAUUACGGACGAAACAAUACCCCCUUUUCCACAAGCCACGAUGAGCCUAGAUCUCUCACAAAACCAGCUGAGAUCCACGAAGCCGCUGUUCAAGAAGCUGGACGAACUAAAGCACCUGCUGAUCGUGUACCUUGGAGACAAUCAGCUGGAAUCCGUUCCUUACUUCGAGAACAGCUCCUUCGUCAGACUCGAGCAAAUGUUCCUUCAUAACAACAAGAUCAGGCGGAUCGAAGCUGCAGCAGUCAAGAGCAUUUUGCUGACAAAGAACAAGGAUUUCAGAAUCGAACUAUUGGGCAACCCACUCGAAUGCGGGAAAGACAUAUACGAAAUCAACAUUCUCCAGAUUUCCCACUACAAGUUGAUCUCAGAUUGGAAAAAUAUUAAGUGUACCGAUGCUCGACAGGAACACUUCGUCAAGUUCUACAUCAAGGGGGACUCGCAGGAGCUGUCCUCCGCCAAGGUCGACCUGUUGCUCAUGGCCGACUGCCUCUUGGGCGCCAUGAACCUUUUCCUGGUGUACGUGAUCUACGACCUGUGGAUGGCCAAGAGGGAGAUGCAGAAGACCAUGGCGGGGAGGCGGCCGCUGCUCGACAGGAUCAUCUGCGGGAUCGGCACCACCUGCAGAACCCUCUUCAGCCGGUCCUUCUGCAGUAGUGAGGAGGUGUCCAGAGGUUCCAGCGACGCCUUCUACAAGAGCCCGGACCAGGUCGCCAUCAGGAAGAGGACGCCCAAAGCCGUCCUUUCCAUUGCCUCCGAGAAGAACGAACUCUGACGGUGUACGAUAGGAUUCUCAGCAGACGUAUAAAUUACAAAGUGGCGUAAUGAAAAACAGAACAGAACCUUUUAAGUCAAAUUUCACUCGUUUUAAGUGCAAUACGAUGCUUUAACAAGAGAGUUAAAGCGUGUUUUAUCAACGCGACUUGGUACAAUGGUAUUAUAUAAUCCCGAUCUCUUAUGUGUGCUAAAUAUAUUUUAUUUUCAGGGCAUGUAAAGCAACAUUCUUUUUCUUUCAUUAUUCGUGUCUCUUCCAUUUCCUUUUUAUUCCUAUGUUUUCUUCCCUUAUUUAUUUACAUUAUUCUUACUUCUCUUACAUGAGAAAUUAUACACCUUCCCUCCAUAUAUAUUUUUUUUCUAGCAGAAUAAGAUGAAAGUACUUAAUCGUAUAUUUUAAGAAAUGAAGGAUCAGUGUAUAUUAUAUAUUUUUUACAACUGUAUAUGUUUUUUUUUGUAGAGAAAUUAAUCAGACGAAAUUUCUUUAUGUAACGAAAGCGAAAGAAUGUCAUUGGUUUGUUUAUCGUUACAGUUAAUGAAUUUCCAGAUGAAAAUAUUUUACUGCAUAUAAUAAUUAUUAUUUUUCUAAGAGUACACUAUCUUUCGCAACACAACCGCGCUAAUAAUAAGUGUUGAUGUCCGGAUUACAAAAUUAAUUGUAAUUUUUAUAUGUAAAAUAAAAGCUUACCUUUUUAA